AUGAGUCAAUCACUGUCUGUACCUCCGUUUUUCGACGGAAGUAAUUAUGCAUAUUGGAAGGUUAGAAUGCGUGCGUUCCUUAAGUCCUUAGAUGAGCAUGUUUGGAUUAGCGUUCAAAAUGGUUGGAAACCUCCAUCUACUACCGUAUCAGGAACAAUUAACCUUACUGACAUAUCACUGUGGACUAAAGAUGAAUUAGCUGCAUGUAAUUGGAAUAGUAAGGGAAUUCAUGCAUUAUUCAUGGCUCUAUCUCCAGAAGAGUUUAGGAGAGUGUCUAUGUGCGAAACUGCUAAAGAGGUUUUGGACAUUCUCGAAACUACACAUAAGGGAACUAAGAUAGUAAAGAACUCAAAAUUGCAAAUGCUAGCCUCUAGGUUUGAAGAAGUGAGGAUGAAAGAUGAUGAAACCUUUGUUGAGUUUUACGCUAAACUAAAUGAUAUAAUUAACUCUAGUUUCAACCUAGGUGAGAGAAUUCCUGAGACUAAGAUUGUGAGAAAAGUACUUAGAUCUCUGCCUGAGAGAUUUAGGCCUAAAGUCACUGCCAUUGAGGAAAGUAAGUACCUAGAUGAAGUUAAGAUCGAAGAAUUGGUAGGAUCCUUGCAAACCAAUGAACUCACUAUCUCACAACAUAAGAAAGGAAAGUCCAUAGCCCUAAAAUCCAUUAAAGAAGAUGAAUCUUCUGAUACUGAGUCACUUAGGGAUGAGGAAAUCGCAUACUUUGUUAAGAAAUUUCAAAAAGUCCUCAAGAAUAGGAGAAAGCCUCAGGAUAGAAAGAGUGGAGCCCCUAGCAGAUUCACAAAAGAUAAAAUUGAGAAAGUUAACAAUAAAGGGUCAAGUCACUAUAGGAAUGAGUGUCCUAGCUAUAAGAAAAAUCAAAGAAAAGGGAAAGAUAGGGCCUUAGUUGUCUCACUUACUGAUAGUGAAUCUGAGACCAGUGAUAGGCAGGAAUCCUCUAGUAGUGAUGAUGAAGGAAAUUAUAUGGCAUUUGUGGCUACUGUUAAAAGUGAAUUUGAUAAGGAAAGUGACAAGGUUGAGGAAGAAUAUUCAAACGAUAAUUCUGGUAAUGAGGAUGAGGAUGAGGAUGACAUAGACUUACAAGAAGCUUAUCAACUGUUGUUUAAGGAGAGUCUUAAAAUAAAGAAGGUCAAUAAAGCCCUACUUAAAAAGGUUAACGAACUUGAAAGGGAAAAAGAGAAACUGGGUAGUAAGCUUCAGGAUUCACUUAAGAGUGGUAGUGAGUUAAAUGGAACUAAUAAAUUGGAUAACCUGUUGGGAAUGAAUAAGCCAGUGGGAGAUAAGAGAGGUCUAGGAUAUGUUGAGGGAAAUACACAUGUUGCUGGACCAUCUAAGACUGUCUUUGUGUCUGCCUCUAAGUCUAAUGCUGUUAGGAGUCCAAGUAAGGGUAAGAGUGUUCCUAGGGAACAGAGUCAUCAAUCACGUAGGAACAUCAGGACUAGGUACCCACAGACACGUACCUUUGAGCCUAGGUUCAUUCCCACCUGUCACCACUGUGGAGCUCAAGGACACACUAGGCCUAGAUGUUAA